CAGCAGCUUCCUCCAACAUUACUAUCUCUGACCAGUGAAGCCUCACACUCACGCACACGCGCGCACUCACACACACACACACCGACGUGCAUAUGCAACAUGCUUGAAUGCACAUGCAAACGGAUGACAACCCCAGCACACACGGCGCAGGCUCGCCGUCACAGAUAGCCUGAGGAAAACACACAUACAUUAACACAGAGACACAGGCGCAUGCACUCACUGGCGCACACACGCACGCACGCAGCAUCCCGCGUGCAUGUGAAGCGCUGGAAUCACAAACGCAGCAGCAGGGAGCAGCGCGAGACGAAUCACGCGGCGCUACCGCGCGCAGCACUGCCGUGAGCCGCCGGAGCGGGUGACUGGAAACUGCCGCUGGGACCGGGCUGGGGAGGCACUGGGAAAGGACUGAGAAAAUCAUUCUGCCGACGCUCCUGGCAACAAAUAUUUGUAAUUCGGAGGAUUUAACUUGGACGCAAAUCGGACUCCGUACUGUCAAGUUUGCCUUUCUAAAUCGACUUGUUUUUUUUCUGGUUGACAGCAAGAAGCUUUCCUGCCGUUUAGACCGAGAGGAUUAUUAAACUUGAUUUUUUUUUUGUUUUGCUUGUCAUUUUCCCCUUCCAUUUUCUUUGUCUUGGUGGACUAAUACAGCGGCUGUUGAUUGCGAUAUCGGACGACGGGCACGCCAGAUCUGCUGCCUGACUGGCCCGUCCCCUUCUCGGGACGCGGGCGUGCCAAGGAGCAGUGACAGCCAGAUGCCAGAGCUACAUUAGAGAAGGAGCCAAGCAGGAAGGACUGAAAUGCGCCUCUUCACCCGGCCCUACCAGAGCCGCCAGGGGAGGGCGACAGAGAGCAGCCCCGCUCUUCUCUGGCUGCUGGGGGCACUGGCUGGCCAGCUGGGGGUGGUCGGCGGCUGCCCGUCUGUAUGUACUUGCAAUGGCACUGAGGUGGACUGUGGAGGGCGGGACCUGGUGUCCCUGCUGGCUCUUGGCCUGCUGCCAGGUAUCCGCACUCUCGUGCUGUCCAACAACCGCCUGGCGUCACUGGCACCGGGGACCUUCGCCAACCACAGCGCCCUGGAGUACCUGGACCUUUCCAACAACUACCUAGAUGGGCUACCCGCCACCCUUUUCCGUGAGCUGGGCAACCUGACGGAGCUGGUGCUACGCAACAACAGCCUGACGUCGCUGGACCGCGGACUGCUGCGGGGCCUGGGCCAGCUCCGGCGGCUCGAUCUGUCCCUCAACGGGCUGUCCACGGUGUCCCCGGGGCUGCUUGACGAGCUGCGGAGCCUCACCUGGCUGUCACUGGCCGGGAACCGGCUGCACGCAUUGGAGAGAGCCGCCUUCGAGCCACUGGCCAGCCUACAGCACCUACAGCUGGGCGGAAACCCUUGGGAAUGCGACUGCAAUUUGAGAGACUUUAAGCACUGGAUAGAGUGGCUCCUGUACAGAGGUGGACACGUGGAUGCCGUGGAGUGCACCCUCCCCAAGGACCUGCGUGGGCGAGACAUCCGCAGCGUGCCGGUGGAGAUGUUCAACUACUGCCUUCAACUAGAAGACGAUAACGGUAGCUCUCGAGGCGGGAACACUCCUCCCUGCAACAGGGCUGCCAGCCCGUCCAUCACCCCACCUUCGGAAGGCCCACCACCCGCCCCGGCAGCGGACGCUUCAGCUCCAGACUGCGUGCGGCAGCGGUACCGGCCCGUAAGUGUACGGCGGGCCAUCGGCACAGUGGUGAUCGCCGGUGUCGUCUGCGGCAUUGUCUGCAUCAUGAUGGUGGCGGCGGCUGCCUACGGCUGCAUCUAUGCGUCACUCAUGGCAAAGUACCAGCGGGAGCUGAAGAAAAGGCAGCCGCUGAUGGGCGACGGGGAGGGCGACGCCGACCCCGAGGAGAAGCAGAUCUCCUCUGUGGCAUAGAGAGGCCUCACCGGGAGCUGCCGGCCCGGAGAAGCAGGACCGCCUCUACAAUUUCUAUCCGUUGGUCGUCUCUCUCUUAUUUAAUUCCCCACCCCCCAACCUGGGGUAGGUUUGCUGAGCUAGCACUGCUUCUCCCCCUUUUCCUUGCUCUUCUGUACUUGGGAGGGGGUUUUCAGAGCUGACUUCCCCCACCUCCCAACCUUUAUCACAAGUUGGUUAAAAAAAAAAGCCCUGAACCUUUUGCUAAUACUGGAGGGAAACCAGCCAGGGGCCAGACACAGACUCCUUGGGACCCUGUUUUGGGGAAUCAGCAGAGCAUCAUCCCUGCUUCAGCCCUGUUCUCUAUGCUCAAAGCUCUUGGGCUUUCCUAAUUUUCUGGGUGGAAAGUUAACAGAUAUAGGAUGUUAGGGUCUUUUCCUGCCUCCUCCACCCCUCCCUGCUUCUGGCUGAGUCUGCAUCAUGAUGGGGGCAGCCGGGCACUCCCGUAUCCCUGUGCUCUGACCUGAUACCAGCUCCUGCACCCUGGAAGGUAACCAGCUCCUUGAUGCACUCCCUGCGUUUAUCCAAUUGCAUUGCAGCGUUCCCCUCCUGGAGUCUCUCUGCGGUGACAUUCGUAAUGAUAAACAAUAUCAUCUAUCCUUACCCUCCAUAUCUGUAUUGUAUAGGAUGCUACCAUUACUCUUUAACAUGUGAUGUACCCUCCCUUCCUGUUUUUCUUCUGUAGUGUUGCAGUCUCAUGUCAUCGUUACUUUCCAAAUCAUAUGGUUUAGGACGAAUGAUUAAUCCCAGUAAAAGUUGUUUUUAGAGUCUGUUAGAUCUCCUCAAGAGAAAACUAAUGAUAUAGAGUAAUGUUAACGAUGUUAACAGUGUGUAGCUGGAUGCAGUUUGUUCGUUUUGUGUGUUUUAGAGCUGUGAUAACCUAGACCUCAGUUCAGUGGACGGACACACUGGGUUCUUUUUCCGUCCACCGUAGAAGUAUGGCGGGGACACGACCACCUGCUUGGCAUGUGACAUCAGCGACAGCUCCUGAUAGGCAGAUAGAGAUGGAGAGACAGCUGUGGUUUAAAAUUAAUCCUUCCUGCUGCAGCCGUCGUGCGGACAGAUUCGGUCAAUCUGAAUGGGCAUACAGACUUUGUUAGGCUGUCUGUCUUUGUUUCCUCAUCUGCCAUUGCACUGAACGUGUACCGCGCUUAGCAUCCGCUCGUGCUGCUGGAGACUCUUCGCGCGUGUCGUUCGAUGGAGUGGCGUGACCGGAUCUGACACCGUUCGCUGCUAUGAGACCCGUUUUUAAGCCGCUGGGUGUACCGGGACAGCAGUGGUUUUGUCAGCUGCAGGGAACAUGUUUUGGUUUUCUAAUAGAGUAUUUUUCAUAAUGAUAUCCGUGUCUGUCAGUGGAUAUUAUCCAUUUCCCAUUUUGUCUGCAUCCCUGCAGUUCAACCCCUUUAUAACUUGAAGCAUUAUCACAGGAACAGAUAGCCUGGAACGACAGUUAUAAUGGCCUCUUCAGCCUAAACAGUGUUCCAGUAGAACAUUUUAUGGUAGCACAGCUCGUUGACAGGGACUGCCCCGAUAGAUGGGACAUAACAAUACCCAAAAUCCAGACAAAUAUUUAUGUCCAUAAGUAUCAGUUACCCUGCUGAGAUGAACUGGAUAAGGGAAGCGUAUUUUAGGAGUUUGCCUGAUUCUGUGUUAGACAUUCUCCUAGACUCCCUAUGUGUGCACAUCCAAAAUGACUCAAGCAGAACUGGAAUGAGAGCUUAGUUUGCACUAGAUCUACAAAGGCACACCUAACACGCCGCCCCAUUAGAAAGUCUUCCGCUGCUGUGUCGCUCCACACUGUAUUUAAAGCAGGCUGUAUGACAGAAGCUCUCAGCCUGGGAGAAACCAUAUCCACACUGGGAGG